GCAGCCACAGCGGUUGAUUUGGAUGCUGCUGGCACUUCCCAAGUCGAGCUGCGAGUACCUCGAAGCUUUGUUCAGGCAGUCGGGCAGCCCUCGCCCGCAAGAGUUCGAGCUCCUCAAGUUUCUGCAUGUCAAGGCGCAGGAGCAGUGGCAGCUCAUUGAGCAGCAGGCCCAGGCGCUUCAACUGCUGGAGCAAGAGCUGGAGCACUUCAAGGCGGAGCUCAUUCGUCUUAAAGAAAAGCGCAGAGCGGAACGCCAACGCCUUGCGACCAGAUCCUUAGCUUGUGGAGCACAGAGGAGACCACGGCGGAGAGCACUCGACGUCGAGGGCCAUCUCAACCUGCCAACAAGCGCGCUGCCUUCUCCGAGCCG